GAAACCAAAUUAAAAAAAAAAUCUUUGAUAGAAAAAAAAAAUCUACUUUAAAAAUAGCCCAAUAUUAAAGAUAUUCUUUACAAUAUUUUCUCGAGAGGCAUCACAUCAUGUGGCGUACGCACAAAAAAUAUGAACUAAAUCUCAAGAAUAUUCCGACUUAAAAAUAGAUCGCGGUUCUACGCCGACCUAGUUUACUACUUUACUGUCGAUAACAGAAGUUGCAGCUAUCACACUUUAUAAUGCAUAAACAGCAAGUAUUUUUCAAGGAGAACAAGCCGUGGUAAACAAUCCCCGCUAUAAUUGUCAAUACAGUAUAUGAGUCAACCGACCUCGACCUAGUUCUCCUGCAAACGUAAACACAUUUUUUUCCGUUACAUUGCUGGAUCCAUAUCAAUCAUUGAAGUUCAUAGGUCACAGAGCACCAAUCAGAUACGGUGACCGAAUUCACAGCCAAUCAUCGUAGAUUUUGAAAGCCAUUACGAGUAAGCCCACAGAGUAUCAACAAAAACAAGCAAGUUUUGCCGGCAGAUUGUAGCGACCGGCGUGUGUAUGUGAAUGUUUUGUGCCGAUAGGAGAUUUCCUGGCUGUGGCAGUUGUAUUUUUUGAUGCUAAAGGAAAGUUUAUACUGUUUUAAAAAUGCCGCACCAUAAGCAUAACAAGAGUCAAAAAGGAAAUAGAGAGGAUACGAAUAACAACGUGCACCAGAACGCUAACGUGCGUGCUGCUCAAAAUGGCCACCAGCAAGCUCACGUAGCGUGUUGUUCGCCGACUGCCUGUCUCACGCCGGAUGAAUUGAUAGAUACCAGCGACCCAUCCGAUGCGGUAAAAGUGUAUUGUAAUAAUGACCAGUGCACAGUAGGAAUCUGGAUGCAUAAAGACUGUUUUAAUGAAUGGGAGGGAGUUGUUUUGGCGUAUCUCAAGUCAUGCGGACGAGCCCGAAGUUGGAGUGAAAAGCAACGUCUGCAGAAUUUGUGGACCAAAAAGGGUUACGACCUUGCAUUUAAAGCAUGCGACUGCAAGUGUGGUCGAGGCCAUCUGAGAAAAGACUUAAACUACCUACCACCACCCAAACCUGUUGACAACGCACUGAAAAGCAAGAAAAAGCACAAGAAAAAGAAUGACAAACCCGUGGCCGUCGUGAGUAACGGGAAACCGGGUCAUUCAACAAACGUGAACGUAAACCACGGCCAAUCAGCACCCGUCAAUAUAAACCACUUCAACAACCUAAACAACAACACCGCCACAGCAACCAGCCCAAGCAACAGCAGCAACCCCACAUUUAGCUCUAGUCUUCCAGUGAGAAGUAGCCCAAUCAACACACCCCUCGUCAAUGGAUUUGCGCACAUGCGUUUACGUACCAACAGCUGUGAGAGCACAGUAAGUACCGGCAGCUCGCCUCCAAAUUCUGCCGGAUCGACUGGAUCCGCCUCUCCUAUACCACAGUCACCCGUCGUUAAUGGAAACUUCUCGUUUCCUAAGCAACAGAAGCCUAAGUUCGAUUGCCCGUCCGACUGUACGCUUCAAGCAGGCGCGUAUUUCCGGCGCCGGGUCGACAUGUCGGCGUUCAGCAUACUACCAAAACAUAAACAAAACCCAUACCAUAUAAAGAUGGAGGAGGAUAGCCAAGGCAACGAUGAGACGAGAUCAUUCGUCCUUACUCAUCUAAGUUCGUACAAAGUUAGCUCCCUUAACUGUGUGUUGUGCAAAGCGGUCCUGCCAGUGUUCGACCGGUACCCUAUGAUCGACGGUACGUUCUUCUUGUCACCACAGGCUUACGAUGAAAACGUCGUCCAGGUGAUAUCUGAAGGCCGUCUGCAAUUCAUCAACGCUGUGUGUGUCGGCUGUCUGGAGGGUGGGUCCGAUAUUCGAUGUGCCGCCUGUAAGAAGAAAUGGGACGGAAGCACGCUACUUUUAGGAACCAUGUACUCGUACGAUAUCUUCGCGGCCAUGCCGUGCUGCCAGAAACGCCUAACGUGCAAGCAUUGCCGACGCGCUGUGGUUGACGUCAAUACGGGCUUGUCGUUCUACAGCGAGUACAGCAGGAUGAUAGCCUGUCCAUACUGCAAAGCGUACGACUACCACUUCAUUCGUCCAAUGUCGGACACAUUCGUUGUCAAGCAGCCUAUAUGGAAUUGAACUUUAGCGUCUCCGUAGAUUUUAUACUCCCAACAUCAAACUAUUGCAAUAUAAUCCAUCUUCUAGUUCUUUAUUCAUGCGUAACAUCACCACUUCAUUUUGUUUUCCUGUGGGAACGAGGAACGUUCGGAUUGCACUACGGAGCGACGUUACUGUGUGGGAUGGACCGAGUUUGUAUUUACAAAUGUUUUACGUAUUGGUUCAGUGUUAGACGUCUUAAGAAAGGAAGGAAAAAAAUAAA